CGCAUUCGGAGCGCACGCAGGCGCAGACCCCGUUUUUUGAUUGAUAUAUAAAGCCGUGGCACAGUACAAAGGAAACAUCCCAAGUGUGGUUUUUCCGACAGUCACGGUGGCAUUCGAAAUAUGGCAGGCGUCAUUGAUUGUAACUUUCCUGUUUGGGGCCUGCUGCCUAAGAAAGAGACAGGUGUCACUCAAUUUCUCACCAAGUACCCCGAGUACGAUGGUCGGGGCGUCGUCAUCGCGAUCUUUGACUCGGGGGUGGACCCCGGGGCCCCGGGUAUGCAGAUGACUUCAGAUGGGAAACCAAAAAUUAUUGAAAGAUUUGACUGUAGUGGAGCAGGAGAUGUAGAUACUAGCAAAGUUGUUCAAGCACCAGAUGGAUAUAUAAUUGGCUUGACUGGUCGUAAAUUAAAAGUUCCAUCUAAUUGGACUAAUCCCACUGGAGAAUAUCAUAUUGGUUUAAAAAAUUUAUAUUCAUUAUAUCCCAAUAAAUUAAAGGAAAGAGUAGUAGCAGAACGUAAGAAGCGUCUUUGGGAUGAUGGUCAUAAGACAGCACUUGCAGAAGCUUCGAGGCAAUUACAAGAAUUUGAAAGCAAGAAUCCACAGUUGUCGACUUUGGAAGAAAAAUUACAAAAAGAAGAACUUGAAGCUAGAGUUGAAAUAUUGAAUAAUAUUGAAAAAAAAUAUUGCGAUGUAGGACCUACUUAUGAUUGUGUUGUUUUUCAUGAUGGUAACAUUUGGAGAGCAUGUAUCGACAUAUCCGAAGAAGGUAAUCUGGAAAAUGGCGUUUUUCUUGGUGAAUAUUCUAUUACAAGAGAUUUUGCUCCUCUUACUCAAGAAGACCAAUUAAACGUUAGUAUUAAUGUCCAUGAUGAAGGAAAUACAUUGGAAAUUGUCAGCUUAUGUUCAAGUCAUGGAACACAUGUAGCAUCAAUCGCGGCUGCAUAUUUUCCUGACAAUUCAGAGUUAAAUGGAGUGGCACCAGGAGCCCAAAUUGUGUCAUUGACUGUCGGUGAUGGACGUAUCGGCACAAUGGAAACUGGAACCGCUGUAGUACGGGCAAUGAUUCAUGUAAUGAAGAGAAAAGAAAAGAUUCAUGUUAUAAACAUGAGUUAUGGAGAACAUGCUCAUUGGUCAAAUACUGGUAGAAUAGGAGAACUGAUGAAUGAAGUUAUUGACGAAUAUGGCGUAGUAUGGGUUGCAUCUGCUGGCAAUCUUGGACCAGCUUUGUGUACAAUUGGAACUCCGCCAGACAUCAGUUCAAACAGUAUUAUUAGUGUUGGUGCUUACGUAUCACCUGAUAUGAUGGUAGCUGAAUAUUCUUUAAGAGAAAAGAUGCCAGGCAUGCCAUAUACUUGGUCAUCCCGCGGCCCUAUGAUAGAUGGAGGUGCCGGUGUAACAGUAUGCGCGCCAGGAGGUGCUAUCACCAGCGUCCCAAACUUUACGCUUAGGAAAAGUCAACUUAUGAAUGGCACAAGUAUGGCAAGCCCGCAUGUAACCGGUGCUGUUGCGAUCCUUAUAUCAGGUCUUCUUGCCAAAGGUUGUCCGUAUUCUCCUUACAGUAUAAAAAGAGCUCUUGAAAAUACCGCUCUUUACAUAUCCAAUUUAGAUCAAUUCGCACAAGGUUCUGGCCUGUUACAAGUCGAACGCGCGUUCGAUAAUCUUGUCUCGUACAGCGAUGCCCCUGAAAGGGACAUUCGAUUUACUAUUAAUUGUGGAGUUAAUAAUUCUAAAGGCAUUCAUAUGAGAACAGGUGUUAUUGAUCGUCCAAAGGAUUAUGCAAUUACAGUAGAACCAGUAUUCAUAAAUAGUGAAGUUAUAGAACCAUCGCGCAAAAUUAAUUUCAACUUGAAGUUGACGCUUGUAUGCGAUGCUUCAUGGGUCCAAUUUCCAACACAUCUGGAUUUAAUGCAUAUGCCUCGUUCCUUCGCUAUUAGAGUCGAGGCAUCCAAUUUGCCAGAAGGUGUUCAUGCUACUAGUGUACGAGCAUAUGACGUUUCUAAUAUCGCUAAAGGACCAGUAUUCCAAAUUCCGGUGACUGUCGUCCAACCAAUGACGUUAUCAAAGACUGUGCUUCUCCCCGACUUAACAUAUACGAAUGUUUUAUUCAAACCAAACACAAUUCAGCGUCAUUUUAUUCUUGUUCCAGAGGAUGCUACUUGGGCAGUUCUUAGAUUAAAAAGUGCAGAAAAGGAUAAAACUGGUAGAUUUGUGCUUCAUACUAUUCAAUUAAAACCUCGCAUGGCCUGCAAAACCCUUGAAGUUAACAAAAUAAUCAGUGUUACAUCUCAAUCAGAAACGAUUCAACCAUUUGCUGUUCAGAGUGGAUUAAUUUUAGAAGUAGUUAUCGCAAAAUAUUGGGCAAAUUUAGGCGAUAUGCUUAUCGAUUAUUCCAUAGAAUUUCAUGGAAUUCAUAUGAUAAACGGUAAUCUUACGAUGUUAUCCGGAGAUGGAAUAAAUCGCCUUGAAUUACGUAGUUCUCUUAGAAAUGAAGAAGUUGUACCUAACAUUUCUUUGAAAACAUCUGUGCAGGUCUUAAAGCCUAAUGAAUCGAAAAUUGUUCCCCUACGAGCGCGUGAUAUUAUCCCACCAUCGCGACAAAUAUACGAAUUACAACUAGCAUACACAUUCCACUCGGCAAAAGCAACUGAAGUCACACCAAACGCUGCAUUGCUAAGUGAUUUGUUGUAUGAGAAUGAAUAUGAGAGUCAAAUGUGGAUGAUUUAUGACAGCAAUAAACAACUAAUAAAUUGCGGGGAUGCGUAUCCAUCUAAAUAUACAAUCCAAAAACUAGAAAAAGGAGAUUAUACUUUAAAAAUGCAUAUACGCCAUGAAAAAAAAGAUUUAUUGGAAAGAUUAACAGAUAUGCCAUUACUUCUAAGUCAAAAGCUUAGUACACCAAUUAAUUUGGACAUUUAUGCUAAUCAAUCACAAGCUAUUAUUGGUGGAAAAAAGAUGGUUGCUGCAUUUAUUCCACUUGGUCAUAUUCUACCUUUAUAUAUUGCUCCACUAUCCAAUGAGAGCAACACUGAAAACAAAGUAUCGAAAUAUGCUACCCCUGGUAGUUAUCUUCAAGGUACAUUGACUUUCUCUAAAGAUGAAAUUGGAAAGAAGGUGGAUAGCCAUACAUUCAAAUACAUCAUAUCUGAACCUGCCAAGAAAAAUAGCAGUCCUGCUACUAAAACAGAGAAGGAAAAAACUACAAAAUGGGAUGAAUAUCAAGAAGCAUUAAGAGAUCUAAAGUGCAAUUACCUUGCAAAAUUUGCACCAUCUAUAAAACCUGGUGAACAUGCCAAUUCGUUAUACGGAGAAUUAAAAGGCAUCUUUUCGGAUCAUUUACCCGUUCACACUGCUAUGUUGACAUCUUUGGAUUCUCCUGAAGCACGGCGACAUGUACCGCACAAUGAUCUUUCGGAUAACUGUAUCGCAUUAGCCAAUCAAAUAGUAACAGUUGCUGACUCUGUGAUUACAAAUAUCGAUCAAGAUAAGUUAUUAGCAUAUUACGGACUGAAGAAUGAUCAACGUCCUGACGCAGCUAAAAUUAAGAUAACCAUGGAAAAACAAAAGAACAGUCUCAUCGAAGGAUUAGUGAAGAAGGGCUGCGCAUUAGCACGAUUAUACGUACAUGGAACAAAGACUGGAGAAGGAGAUGGAUCCUUUCAACAUUUACUCGAGAGUGUUACGCAUCAUUGGCAAGAAGUACAGAAAUUUGCUGAACCUACUGAUAAUAAGGUUAUUAUUUUAUCUUUAUGGCAUGCACACAUCAAUAAUCAUUACGGACGUUACUUAAAAUUAUUGACGCGCUAUUAUGAAGAGAAACCAUUGAAGGAAAUUGAUGAAAAGUGCAUUGAAAUUGCAAAGAUUCUGGGAUGGGAACAUUGGUCGCGCCUUCUCACCACAAGUAUACCAACACGUUACCCAGCCACAUAUAGAUCAUUUUGAUUUUGAUCACUUCGGUAUUUUAUGAACCCAAUGUGUUAUGGUGUGUGGUAAGGUGAAAAGAAUUAUAAAAAUCGUUUCCAACGCAUCUUUGUAAUAACAGUGCUGUCGUUUGUGUCAGGUGUAAUAUACAUUUAGAGAGAAAUAUAAAUUUAUUCAUAAUGAACUAAUCAUUAGAAGACUAAUUGCACACAAUACUAAACUCAUACAAAAUAAAUUAUAUGACUUCAUGGAAUAAUUUUACCAAAAAUGAU